GGCAAACUAUGGGCAACAAAGUUGUUACCUUCACCGAACAGCAAUUGGAUGACUAUCAGGAUUGCACAUUCUUUACACGCAAAGAGAUUUUGCGUGUUCAUAAACGAUUUCGUGAACUACGGCCGGAUUUGGUGCCACGCCAAAUGACCGAGGGCCAGUCAAGUGUCAAGGUUCCCUGUGAGUGCAUUGAAAAGAUGCCCGAGUUGCGUGAGAAUCCUUUUCGGCGACGGAUCUGUGAGGCCUUCUCACGCGAUGGCCAGGGCAAUCUAUCCUUUGAGGAUUUUUUGGAUGCUCUCUCUGUCUUCAGCGAGCAGGCGCCCAGGGACAUAAAAGUUUUCUACGCUUUUAAAAUUUAUGAUUUCGAUCAGGAUGGCUUCAUUGGCCACGAUGACCUCAUGUCCUGUUUGACAACAAUGACCAAGAACGAUAUGAGUCCGGAGGAGCAUCAGCAGAUUGCAGACAAGGUAAUCGAGGAGGCCGAUGUCGAUGGCGAUGGCAAGCUAUCAAUUUUAGAAUUCGAGCAUGUCAUAUUGCGGGCCCCCGACUUUCUCUCAACCUUUCAUAUCAGAAUAUAAAUAGAGAAAACUUGUAUUAUUAAA